GCUUGCUUUCUUCAAAGGUUUCUCUUUUCAAUUUUCAGUUUCUCCAGGGACCAGAGGUGCAAACCAGAAUCCACAAGUUUCCAGAGUCCGAAACCGUCCUUCCCACCGUCCCUGUCAAAGGGUUUGAUUAGGAUUUGAAGGAUAACAUUGCUAAAAUGGCGCCACCCGGUAGUUGUAGUGGUCAUGGCAAUCAAGAGACUGCUAAGAAAGCUUAUUUUCCAAUGGGGGACCAGCUGCAAAAAUGGAAAUCACCUUUUGGCCUCUAUGCUGAUUCUGACAUGUUGGUGUGGUUGAAAGGACUUGCAUUGGACCCUUGUGACCGUAAUGUAUCUCCUGGUUCAUUGCGACAACUAUGGAAUCAGAGUCUUAAAGUGCGGAAAUUCUUGCUUCUUGGUAAUGCCGAAUCUCCUCGGAAAAAGCGAAAACUUGAUCAGUUCCUAAAAGGUAGUAAGUUCGCCGAAGUUUCUCGAUUGGAUACAGGAAAAUCUGAUGUCCGUAGUGUUAAAAGAAUGAGUACAGGGCAUUCUGUCUCGUCAUGCUUGACCAAUACAAAUGCCAACCAUGAAAUUUCCAAACCUCGGCUUGUCUCUAACUCGCACGGUUCUGGAAGUUUGUUGACAUUUGAAAAUGAAUAUCAAGGGAAGCCAUAUUCUACAAAUUUGACCAUUAGGGACGUGGAAAAUUCUGGUCCAUCUUGCAAGGAUAAUUCCGCCUCUCCUAUAUUUGAUACAGAUGAAUCGAACAAUGGUUUGAACAAAUUUAAUCUGGAAAACAUGAACUUAUGUGAUGAAACUAUUGAGAAUGUUAAUGAUACAGCUGACAGCUCAGACUCUCCGAGUUUAGACGAGAAGAGUACAGAAUUUGAACGUGCAUUGAGGUUUAUGAUUUUUAGAGAUGAUUAUCUUCCAAGGUCUAUUCCUGUGAGAGAUAUCAACGGUUCAUCUCACCACUCAGAUUCAUCCAGAUCAAUAGAGCAAAAUCUGAAACUUAGAGAAGCAGUGAGAUUACUAUUUACAGAUGGUAGUCUUCCGAGGUCUGUUGUUCCGAUUGGUCCUUGUUUUCAGGCGGACGUCCCAGUGUGGACAGGUCCAAUAAACAGUAAAACUCCUUAUGGUGGUGAUGGUGAUUCAGCAGCGUCAAAGUGGUUGGGCACGCGAACGUGGCCCAUUAAAGGAAAAAGUGCCGGAACCACUGUGAAAGCACUUGGGAAAGGGAGAUCCAACUCUUGUUCUUGUAUUUCUCCAGGAUCUGUUGGUUGUGUUAAGCACCACAUUCGUGAAGAAAGACAACUUUUGCAAUUCGAACUUGGUCCUGCCUUCCGGAGUUGGAAGUUUGGCGAAAUGGGAGAAUUUGUCUCAAAGUCAUGGACGUCAACUGAACAGCGGACCUUUGAAUCUCUUGUGAAAGAGAAGCCACUAUCAAAUGAAGCAAGUUUUUGGAAGAUUGCCUAUAAGCGUUUCCCUUCCCAGUCCCGGAAGAGUAUUUUGAAUUACUACUACAAUGUGUACAUCCCUAGACGUAUGAGCCUCCAGACCAGAUCCUCCCUCGAUAAAAUUGACAGCGAUGAUGAUGAGACGGAAGAGUAACAGAGGUAGCUGUAGAGAUGUAAAUGUAGGGGUAGCUUGAUGUUGGCUCUGUUGUAUACUUUGUCCCUUUAGGUUUAGCUCCAGGGCAAUUUUGAAGACUGAUCAGAGGUAUUUUGGGUUCAUAAAACCUUACACCAAAAUUGAAAGCAGUUUUGAUACUCGGUUACCUCUGUUUUGCUUUCUUAUGAACUUGUUUGCUGUAAUCUUUUUGUAUUUAGUUGUCUCAUAUCGUCUUGGUUUUUAUUCCAAAUCCAGAGAGAGCCUAUAGAGAUUAGGCUUUGUAUUCGUUCUAGCAUUCUUUCGUCAUGGAACGUAGGGUAGCAGUCAAGUUUUUCCGAUUCCAAAUGUUAAUUAUUUUGAAGAAGAUGUGACCUCAACGUCAUCUCGGAGGUCUCCGGGGCGUGAUAAGCGAAAGAAGAGAGAAAGGCAGAAAGAUACAAGAACAAGAUCCAGAUGUUGCCAAUUGAGCAUUCGGAAGUGAAGUACUAGUUCAAAAUAGUGAUGGCAACAACGUGGAUAGGGAACAAAAAAAGAAGGAACUGCUUGAGGUAAGUGUUCCAAGUGUUUACUAACACUUUAGGAAUCAAUCAAACAUACAAUUAGAGCGCACCCAAAAUCAGGAUUAUACUCCUGAAAUUUUAGGAAUUGGACUCCUUAUAGGGAGGUAUAUUUGGAUUCCUAGAAAAGUGUCCAACUUUUGUACCGACACUGUCCUAUUGUU